AUGCUCAUGGCGACCAAGGCGACCUUGCGCCCGCCGCCCUCUCGGUCGCCGGUAGCUCCCUCCCCCAACCCACCACCUCCCCUGCCGUCGCCCUCCCCUUCGGUGUCCUCCUCGCGGUGGAGUGACGGUGCGGUCGGGCCGUCGACGCAUGCGGCUUGCACCCCGACGCCGCCCACUGCUUCUGGAGCUCCUUCGACCACUGAGGUACCACGGUCAGGUGGGACGUGCGUUCCGGCUGACGGUCCACUAGGGUCGACGGCGAUCCUCCUCGACGCCAGCUCGGGGCACCCAGCUUCCGCCUCGCCUCCUACUGCUCCCUCGCCGGUUGUGCUUGUUGCCAAGUCGACUCCUGCACAAGGCUUCCUCACCAAGCGGCUCCCUGGAUUUCUGGCGCUGGAUCCUCAAGCUCUGCCGCACCCCUUCUCGACCCCGGGCGUCGCGUUCCUGCAAUUCACGCUGGAAAACUUAUCUUCCCUGGUAUGCUCUCUGGUCGCCCCUGGUUCACUAUUGUUUGCCACGUCCACGGUGUUCAUCGCAGUGAGUCAUGGAGACCACCAACCUACUCAAGUUUCCUCUGUUCGUAGUUGA